GCAAAGUAUUGCCAACCAUGUUUUGUUCACGAAAGAGGAGCACAUGAGGCCGUUUAAUGACUUUGUGAAGGGUAAUUUUGAUGCAGCCAGAAGAUUUUUCCUGGACAUUGCCUCUGACUGUCCGGCGAGCGACUCUCUCAACCACAGCCUGUCCUUCAUUAGUGAUGGCAAUGUUUUGGCCCUGCACAGGCUGCUGUGGAACAACCAAGAGAAAAUCGGCCAGUAUUUGUCUAGUAACAGGGAUCAUAAAGCUGUUGGAAGGAGGCCCUUUGAUAAGAUGGCCACCCUGCUUGCUUACCUGGGUCCCCCAGAACACAAACCUGUGGCAGAUACUCAUUGGUCCAGCCUGAAUCUCACCAGCUCCAAAUUUGAGGAGUUUAUGACAAGACACCAGGUGCAUGAGAAAGAAGAGUUUAAAGCAUUGAAGACUCUUAACAUCUUUUACCAGGCUGGAACUUCAAAGAACGGAAACCCUGUGUUUUACUAUGUAACUCGCAGGUAAGACUUCAUGAUACCUGACCGAUGGUUGCAAAAGAAUUACAAAGGCACACAUUGUUCUUUUGUUCAACGUUUUAUUGCUUCUAAAAACAAUCAGUUA